CCUUAACCCAUUUCCCUCAGCCAUGUUUCUCCGCCACAUCCUCCGUCGCCGUUCCUCCCUUCCACACCGUCUCUCUCCAUCCACCACCACCACAACAAUCCGAUCCCCUCCCCCAGUCACACACCUCCAUCAACGCCUCUCCACCAUCUCACUUUCUCCACAAACCAAUCAAUCUCCUCCACACUUCCCUCUCCGAACCACAUCCUACUCAUCAGCCGAAGAAGCCGCCGCCGCACGCCGCCACCGUAAACGCCAACUCCGCAUCCAACCACCUCUCAACUCCCUCCACUGUGACCUUCCAAAACGCGACCCCAACGCUCCACGCCUCCCUGACUCAACCUCCUCCCUAGUCGGCGCGCGUCUCAACCUUCACAACAGAGUCCAAUCCCUAAUCCGAGCCUCCGACCUCGACGCCGCGUCACACCUCGCUCGCCACUCCGUCUCCUCCACCACUCGCCCCACCGUCUUCACCUGCAACGCCCUCGUCGCCGCCAUGUACCGCUCCAAGCGUUACGAGGAAUCCAUCUCUCUGUUCGAGUAUUUCUUCAAACAGUCCAACAUCGUCCCCAACGUAGUCAGUUACAAUCAGAUCAUCAACGCUCAUUGCGACGAAGGACACGUGGAGGAGGCUCUUGAAGUGUACCGUUACAUAAUCGCUAACGCUCCUUUCGCUCCUUCGUGUGUUACCUAUAGGCAUUUGAGUAGAGGUUUGGUUCAAGCUGGGAGGGUUGGUGAAGCUGUUAGUUUGGUUAGGGAGAUGUUGAGCAAAGGCCAAGCUGCUGAUUCCGUUGUGUAUAGUAAUGUGAUAAGAGGUUACUUGGAAUUGGGGGAGUUAGAUAAGGCUAAUGAGUUUUUUGAUGAGUUGAAGAGUAAGUGUAGUGUUUACGAUGGGAUUGUUAAUGGGACUUUUAUGGAGUAUUGGUUUGAGAAAGGGGAGGAUAAGGAAGCUAUGGAGUGUUAUAGGGAUUUGUUGGGUAAGAAGUUUAGGAUGCAUCCACAUACUGGGAAUGUGCUGUUAGGAGUUUUUUUAAAGUAUGGUAAAAAGAGUGAGGCUUGGGGUUUGUUUAAUGAGAUGUUGGAUAAUCAUACUCCUCCUAAUAUUCUGUCUGUGAACUCGGAGACGAUUAGUAUGAUGGUUAAUGAGUGUUUCAAGAUGGGGGAGUUUAAUGAAGCGAUUGAGACGUUUAAGAAAGUUGGGAGGAAUCCAACUUCUAGGCCGUUGGUGAUGGAUUAUGCAGGUUACAGUAACAUAGUGACAAAGUUCUGUGAACAUGGGAUGUUGCCGGAGGCUGAAAGUUUCUUUGCGGAGAGUAUAAGUAAGUCCUUGCCUCCUGAUGCUCCAAGUCAUAGAGCGAUGAUUGAUGCUUAUCUUAAGGCGGAGAGAGUUGAUGAUGCUCUCAAGAUGUUGAAUAGGAUGGUUGAUGUGAAUCUUAGGGUGGUUGCUGAGUUUGGUACGAGGGUGUUUGGUGAGCUGAUUAGGAAUGGUAAGGUUACAGAGUGUGCUGAGGUUUUGAGGAAGAUGGGAGAGAGGGAGCCUAAACCGGAUCCUUUGGUUUACGAUGUGGUUGUUAGAGGUCUUUGUGAUGGUGGUGCACUUGAGGUAGCCAAGGAUGUAAUUGGUCAGAUGGUUGGAUAUGGUGUUGGGGUUACUCCUGUGCUGCGGGAGUUUGUAAUAGAGACUUUUGAGAAAGCAGGACGUCGUGAGGAGAUUGAGAAAACCUUGAACACGGUUCACCGUCCUGGUAGAAACUCUGGUUACACUGCACCGAGGGUACCCUCAGUGUUAGGAGGAGCUACAUCUGCAGCUCUUCAGCAACCUAGAGACAGAGCCCCAUGGACGAGCCAUGGGACAGGGUUUCCAAAGUCAGGUGGGGCCAAUGGAACUGCAGGAGGAACCUACAAGGCUAAUAAUGGCCAGAAUCCUUCUUCGUCCAACACUUCUGUCAACCAGCAGCAGCAGCAACCAUGGUCUAAUCAGACACUCGUGCAGCAGCCACCAUCUUGGUCGAGUCAGACACCAGGAUAUCAACAGCAGCAAUCUUGGUCUCAGCAACCGGGGUGGUCAAGUCCUUCAAGCCAGCAGCAAUCAUGGGAUAAUCAGACAACUGGCCAGCAGCACUCAUGGAAUAACCAGACGCCUAGCCAGCAGCAACAGUGGUCUAAUCAGAACACUGGUCAUCAGAAAAACCAGACAACUGACCAGCAGAAACCGUGGUCUAAUCAGAACACUGGUCAUCAGCAAUAUCAGAACACGGGCCAUCAUCAACAACAACCGUGGGCUAAUCAGACACCUGGCCAGCAGCAACAGUGGACUAAUCAGACACCUGGCCAGCAUCAACAGUGGACUAAUCAGACACCUGGCCAGCAUCAACAGUGGACUAAUCAGACACCUGGCCAGCAUCAACAGUGGACUAAUCAGACAGCUACCCCUCAGCAGUCCCAGUGGUCAAAUCCCUCGUCAGGACAGGUGGCUAAUCAAGCACCAUGGUCAAACUCUGAGAAUAGUCAUCUUCCUCCACAACAGGAGACAGUGUCCUCACACAGGUGGCAAGAUGGAGAAGAAAAAAAUAGGUAGUUGAAUCGAGCAACUAGUUGCACAACUUGGCUAUAUUCCUUUCCUACCCAUCUUCUUUGUUACUUGCUAGUUAUAGUAAUUUGCCUUUAGCUUUGUGGGCCGCAGUUUUUGCAAACUCGGGUAUUUGUUUAUUAAAGAUCAACAUCACAA